AUGGAUGGAUGUCUUGGAUUGGGUCAUAACAAGUCCAUUGAUUCGCCGCAAGUUAUACCAGAAUUAUGUUAUCAAAACAUUCAGACAUUUAUUAUUGGUCAUGGAUUUGGAUUGGCUAUGAAUAGUGUGAACCAUAUAUUCAGUUGGGGUCCCAAUAUGUGGGGACAGUUGGGUAGAGAUGUGACACCAGAAGGGGUUUAUUUAAAACCCGAGAGAAUCUCGUAUUUUGACGACAAAAAUGUCCAACAAAUCAGUUGUGGUUCCCAUCACUCACUGGCCCUCACAUCCAAUGGACAGGUGUAUGGGUGGGGACGUAAUAUUGAGGGACAGAUUGGUUGUGGAGGACAACAAAAAUAUAUUGGGAGACGAUAUAGGAUCGGGUGGUUUUGGGACAAUUUUGAUCAAAAAGAAGUGCAAAAUCUAGUGAAUGUUAGAUCAGAAUAUGUGGUCAGAUAUUACCACUCAUGGCGUGAACAGGAUUUUGGUUACAUUCAGAUGGAGUUGUGUUCACAAAAUCUUCGGCAUAUACUUGAAGUCAAACCACAAGCAUUUGAGAGACAAUCGGGAGAUCCCAUGGAUUGUAUCGAGUAUUUCAUUUCAUGCGAAAUAUUUCGACAGAUCUUAGAAGCUGUUCAAUAUUUGCAUGGAUUGGAUCCACAGAUGAUUCACAGAGACCUCAAACCCGACAAUAUAUUGAUUGCACACAACGUAAGGAACGGUAGAUUUGUUAAGUUAUGUGACUUCGGUUUGGCUACAGUUCACGACAAACGCAUUCAUUACAUAACUAAACACAAACAUACGGCAGAUAUUGGGGACAUGAGGUAUAUGGCCCCAGAAAUUGGUCGGGGUGAAAAAUACGGCCUGAAAAUUGGAAUCAUAGGCCGGGAUGUAGUGAAGUGUUGA